CUGAGGCCGCCGCGGCCGUGGCGGCCGAGCCCUCAGUCAUGGCCUCGGGCGACACCCUCUACAUCGCCACGGACGGCUCGGAGAUGCCGGCCGAGAUCGUGGAGCUGCACGAGAUCGAGGUGGAGACCAUCCCGGUGGAGACCAUCGAGACCACGGUGGUGGGCGAGGAGGAGGAGGACGACGACGACGACGAGGACGGUGGCGGCGGAGACCACGGCGGCGGGGGCGGCCACGGGCACGCGGGCCAUCACCACCAUCACCACCACCACCACCACCCGCCCAUGAUCGCGCUGCAGCCGCUGGUCACCGACGACCCGACCCAGGUGCACCACCACCAGGAGGUGAUCCUGGUGCAGACGCGCGAGGAGGUGGUGGGCGGCGACGACUCGGACGGGCUGCGCGCCGAGGACGGCUUCGAAGACCAGAUCCUCAUCCCGGUGCCCGCGCCGGCCGGCGGCGACGACGACUACAUCGAGCAGACGCUGGUCACCGUGGCUGCGGCCGGCAAGAGCGGCGGCGGCGGCUCGUCGUCGUCGGGCGGCGGCCGCGUCAAGAAGGGCGGCGGCAAGAAGAGCGGCAAGAAGGGCUACCUCGGCGGCGGGGCCGGGGCGGCGGGCGGCGCGGACGCGGGCAACAAGAAGUGGGAGCAGAAGCAGGUGCAGAUCAAGACCCUGGAGGGCGAGUUCUCGGUCACCAUGUGGUCCUCAGAUGAAAAAAAAGAUAUUGACCAUGAAACGGUGGUUGAAGAACAGAUCAUUGGCGAGAACUCGCCUCCUGAUUAUUCUGAGUACAUGACAGGAAAGAAACUUCCUCCCGGAGGAAUACCCGGCAUCGACCUCUCAGAUCCCAAACAACUCGCAGAAUUUGCUAGAAUGAAGCCAAGAAAAAUUAAAGAAGAUGAUGCUCCAAGAACAAUAGCUUGCCCUCACAAAGGCUGCACAAAGAUGUUCAGGGAUAACUCUGCCAUGAGGAAGCACCUGCACACCCACGGCCCCCGAGUCCACGUCUGUGCAGAAUGCGGCAAAGCUUUUGUUGAGAGCUCAAAACUAAAACGACACCAACUGGUUCAUACUGGAGAGAAACCCUUUCAGUGCACGUUUGAAGGCUGCGGGAAGCGCUUUUCACUGGACUUCAAUUUGCGCACACACGUGCGCAUCCACACCGGAGACAGGCCCUAUGUGUGCCCCUUCGAUGGUUGUAAUAAGAAGUUUGCUCAGUCGACUAACCUGAAAUCUCACAUCUUAACACAUGCUAAGGCCAAAAACAACCAGUGAAAAGAAGAGAGAAGGCCCUUCGCAGCCUCAGGAAGCAUCUUCCAGGAGCGUGAUUGGGAAUAAACAUGCCUCUCCUUUGUAUAUUGUUUCUAGAAAAGAAUUUUAAAAAUGAAUCCUACAUACCCAAGGGACAUGUUUUGAUAAAGUAGUAAAAAUUUAAAAAAAAAACUUUAAUAAGAUGACAUUGCUAAGAUGCUCUAUCUUGCUCUGUAAUCUCGUUUCAAAAACACGGUGUUUUUGUAAAGUGUGGUCCCAACAGGAGGACAAUUCAUGAACUUCGCAUCAAAAGACAAUUCUUUAUACAACAGUGCUAAAAAUGGGACUUCUUUUCACAUUCUUAUAAAUAUGAAGCUCACCUGUUGCUUACAAUUUUUUUAAUUUUGUAUUUUCCAAGUGUGCAUAUUGUACACUUUUUGGGGAUAUGCUUAGUAAUGCUAUGUGUGAUUUUUCUGGAGGUUGAUAACUUUGCUUGCAGUAGAUUUUCUUUAAAAGAAUGGGCAGUUACAUGCAUACUUCAAAAGUAUUUUCCUGUAAAAAAAAAAAAAGUUAUAUAGGUUUUGUUUGCUAUCUUAAUUUCGGUUGUAUUCUUUGAUGUUAACACAUUUGUAUAAUUGUAUCGUAUAGCUGUAUUGAAUCAUGUAGUAUCAAAUAUUAGAUGUGAUUUAAUAGUGUUAAUCAAUUUAAACCCAUUUUAGUCACUUUUUUUUUUUUCCAAAAAAUACUGCCAGGUGGUGAUGUUCAGUGUAAUUUCUUUGCCUGUUCAGUUACAGAAAGUGGUGCUCAGUCGUAGAAUGUAUUGUACCUUUUAACACCUGACGUGUACAUCCCAUGUAACAGAAAGGGCGACAAUAAAAUAGCAAUCCUACAGAAAGAAUAUGGCAGAAAAGAGAUCUGUAAGCACAGUCUUCUUUCCUUUUGUUGUCCAGAAUAAUUAUAAUUCUUGAGCCUCCCAGAAAUUGGAAGCUAAAUAAAGCAACUCAAGUUUCCUUUA